AUGCUUCAAAAUAGUAAUAACAUGGGUUUACCGAAAUUUCCAGAAUUUUUGAUAUCAACCGUGUCCGAUCAAACGAAAGUUAUGGCAGUUUUAUUCGAAGAAAGUGAUUCUUUGAUUUGGUUUACCCUUCAAAACAAGAAGUUUAUGGCUCAUAAUUGGAGAAGUUAUUUAGAAUUUGUAGAGGCAGUUCAGAAAAGGUUAAAUGGGCUGUGCGAUGAGGUUGAAUGCGAGGGUAUCAGUUCAAGAGGCGUGGAUCAUUUGGCCAAUAUCAUAGCAGCACACCCCAGAUUAGGGGAACCAAAGAAGACGUUAUCAAUAUAUUCUACGAGUGAACAACAAAGCUUACAAAGUUCAGAUUCUAAGGAGACGCAGGAAAAGCUUCAAUUCCUGAACGGACAGUACGAAGAAAAGUAUGAAGGACUGCGUUUUAUCGUUUUCGUCAACGGUCGGUCUAGAGCCGAGAUCAUGAAAAUAAUGAACGCCAGAAUCAAUUCGGGUAAUUCAUGGUACGAAGAAGCCAGAAUAGCCAUUAAUGAGAUGUGCUUAGUGGCAAAAGACAGAGCGCAGAAAUUUGCGCCCGAAUGUCAAAUUCAUAGGAUGUAA